GUAGUUGACACAUGAGUCGUCGGUAGUCAAAGGUCUUGGAAAUAACUUUGAGAGUGUCUUUUUUCAGUUUCUCCAAUUGUACAACUAUAUGUUCAGUUUUGCAUGACCUGCAGGGUGAUGUUGAGGAGUGUUGUCAGGUGCCUUGGGACCAAUCCUGUAGCUGGAUGUAGAAGUAUGUCUCAAAGCAGUCUUGCCGGAAAGGUAGCCAUAGUCACAGCCUCUACAGAUGGAAUCGGUCUGGCUGCAGCUCAGGCUCUGGGUAAGAGAGGAGCCCACGUGGUGGUGAGCAGCCGGCGGCAGGCCAAUGUGGACAAGGCGGUGGCACUGCUGCAGAGCCAGAACAUCCAAGUGACUGGGACCACCUGUAACGUUGGCAAGGGAGAGGACAGGGAAAAACUGGUUCAAAUGACUCUGGAUCAGUGUGGGGGCAUCGAUAUUCUGGUGUCUAACGCAGCAGUCAACCCUUUCUUUGGAAACAUCAUGGACUCCACAGAGGAUGUCUGGGACAAGAUUCUGUCCGUAAAUGUAAAAUCAGCUUUCCUCAUGACCAAGCUGGUGGUGCCUCAUAUAGAGAAGAGGGGAGGAGGAAAUAUAGUGUUUGUGUCAUCUGUGGCUGGGUACCAACCAAUGCAGGCCUUGGGUCCUUACAGUGUGAGUAAGAUGGCCCUGCUGGGUUUGACCCGGGCCCUGGCCCCCGAGCUGGCUCACAGUAACAUCAGAGUCAACUGUGUGGCCCCUGGAGUUAUCAAGACCCGCUUCAGCUCUGCGUUAUGGCAAAAUGAAGAUGUUAUGGACGAACUCAAAAAGCAGCUCAGCAUUAAAAGGAUUGGAGAACCACAGGAGAUUGGGGGAGUGAUUGCUUUCCUGUGCACUGAGGAGGCCUCAUACAUCACUGGAGAGACCAUCACAGUGACCGGAGGGAUGGGCGGUCGACUCUGAACCUCAAGUGGCAACAAAACUAAAUUACACUUAAUUGUGUUCUUGUGUAGAUAAACUCUUUGAUCGUAGUUUGACUACUUCCACAGUUUCACUGAAGUGGAGUCAUGAUGUUGAAAGAUGUUUAGACAGUUAAGAAACCAUAAUAUAUCCAAUUUUAGCCAGGAUACUGAGAUGUAAAGCCCUUUUUGAAGAUUCUGGGUUACUGUUCAAGUUCUCCUGGGUAAUGAUUAUAAUAUUGAGUGUAUGCCUGUGUAAAGAUUUCUAAUCACGCUAUGAACAUUUAUAUAAAAAUGACAUCGGAGCUG